AUGCUCAAGCUCCAGGAGCUCGUCGUUUUGCCGAAUCGCUGCUGUACAGGAAUCGAUGCCGCUGCGGUCGUCCCUCCCGGCGUCUCAGCACCGACACAUCAGCCGCUACCGGCUCCAAUUCGCCGCCCCGCGUACACCGCCGUCGUCGCUCGGCGUCGUUGCUCCGGCAGCGCCCUCUCUCCUUCUUCCCUCGCUCCCUCUUCUUCUCUCGGAUCUGCCGCUGCCACCACUGUGCAUGCACAGGCGGCGGCUUCGGCCUCUCCGUGCCUCGUGCUGCCGGAGAAGCUUCCUGGCGCCACUCCAGCGCGGGUCACUGCCUCCUCACCGACUCCCGAGAGGUAUAAGUGGUUCAAGUUCGUGACCGUCCGCGUUGAAGUACCCAUUUUCUUAAAACCUACGAUGUAUAAAUUAAAUUUUUGUUGGACUUUUGUUGGAUGUUUCGGAUAUUAAAAUUUUA